AUGGGCGCAUUUCUUGAUAAACCAAAAACGGAGAAGACGAAUCUCUCCGGUGAGGGAAAUGGAAUUUCAUAUGGAAUGUCGUCGAUGCAAGGUUGGCGUAUGAAUAUGGAAGAUGCUCACAUUGCCGAGACCGCCAUGUCGCAAGAUCCGCCAUACAAGAACUGGUCGUUUUUUGCUGUUUUCGAUGGGCAUGCGGGACCGGAGGUGGCGGCGAAGGCCUCGAAUCAACUCUUGCAAUAUCUCAUUGACACCAAGGAGUUCAAAGAAAUGACGAAGGCACUCAAGAAGAGCGAUGGCGUGCUCACGCCGGAAUGCCUUGAUUUUAUCGUGAAGGGGAUUCGAACGGGAUUCUUGAAUUUUGAUGAGUGCACAAAGAACACAACGGAUUGCAGCAAUAGCGGAUCAACAGCGGUGUGUGCCAUCAUUACUCCAUCUCAUACCAUCAUCGGAAAUCUGGGAGAUUCACGUGCCGUGUUAUCUAGCAAGAAUACUGGUGUUUUCGGCACCACGGACCACAAACCUUAUCAUGAUAAAGAGAAACAACGAAUUGUUGGUGCCGGGGGUCAGGUGAUGAUCCAGCGCAUCAACGGUACAUUAGCUGUUAGCAGAGCAUUUGGUGACUAUCAAUACAAAGAUCAUCCACUACUCCCCGCGCAUCAUCAGCUUGUUUCGCCUGAACCGGACACCUAUAUUCGUCCACGAUGUGACGACACCGAUGAGUUUCUGGUGUUGGCUUGUGAUGGCGUCUAUGAUGUGAUGGAGAACGAUGAGCUCGCGCAGUUUGUGCGCGGACGGCUCGCCGUACACACCGAUUUGACGCAGGUUUGCAAUGAUGUACUCGACGAGUGCCUCGCAAAAGGCAGUCGUGACAACAUGACGGUGGUGAUUGUCAAGUUCCCGGCGGCUCCAACUAUUGACGCGACUCGUCAGGAACUUGAGACGAGAUGGACUAACGAUGUCAAUGAGUUAAUUCAAGAAUACGUUGAAAACAUGAUGAGCAGUGAGAAUUUUGAUAACGAUGAUUUGGUGAACACGCAGCUCAUUAUUCAAGAUAUCCAGGCGAAUGAGAGAUAUCAGCCGUUGGCAGGAAUACCUACUCAUUCUCUUCGCACAUUGAUAACCAAGGUGAGAAUUUAA